GCAUGGGCAUUCCAGUCCACCCCAAGGUUGGUAGGUCCCCCAGGCCUUUUCCAUGGCAACUGUCAUUCAGGCGGUCUCCAUGGUGACCGCGUGGCGAGGUGCGGCGGGGCUGGUGCUCCGGCGGGGGCGGGGGCUGUUGCGGGCGGCCCCCCUCCCCGGCUCCAAGCCCAGAGGAACUAGGCGCUUCGGUGUCCGAGCAGCUGCCAUGGCGCCCGUCAAGGUUGGAGACAAGCUGCCCAGUGUGGAGGUGUACGAGGAGGAUCCCGGCACCAAGGUGGAUGUGGCUGCACUCUUCAAGGGCAAGAAGGGGAUUCUCUUCGGGGUGCCUGGUGCCUUCACCCCUGGCUGCUCCAAGACCCACUUGCCGGGCUACGUGGAGCAGGCUGGGGCACUGAAGGCCAAGGGAGUGGAGCUGAUCGCCUGCCUGGCCGUGAACGAUGUCUUUGUCAUGAGCGAGUGGGGCAAGGCCCAAGGGGCCCAAGGCAAGGUGCGGAUGCUGGCUGACCCCACUGGAGCUUUCGGAAAGGCUACGGAACUGCUGCUGGACAAGGAGACCCUGCGUGACCUCUUUGGGACCAACCGCUGCAAAAGGUUCUCCAUGGUGCUGGAGGAUGGUGUGGUGAAGGCUCUCAACGUGGAGGAGGAUGGAACAGGGCUGACCUGCAGCCUGGCCAACCACAUCCUCUCUCAACUCUGAGCACCAGGACACCAGGGUCCCUCCUGCUGCUGCUGCUGCUCUCUCCUCUCUUCCCCCCCCCCCCCGCCCGCCCUAGCACCAGGAGUGGGGCAGCGCACCAUCCUUUCCCUGCAUGAUAUGAUGGCCUCCCCUUGGGGGAGGGCGGGGGGGAGGGGUGCAGUGCUGCUGCUGCUCCUGCUGUCAUGGGCUUGGCCUCUAGAGGGCACUCAUGCCCUGAUGGUGGUGUACUGCCCCAUAAUGCUGUGUAUCAAGUGGAAUAAACGGCUCUCACCA